UAUGAGUGUUUUGCGCUUUCGCGCUCGCCGCGCGAUCGUCAGCUCAUUGAGUGAGCGGACAGUGUCCGAGACUCGAACCAGACUCGAGCCAUUCAAGACAAAAUUUCAGUGUCUAUUCGUCCGCGACAGUUGCCAAAAGAGUAGUUAGGCAUAUUAUUCAAGGGCGAUUAAAUCGAGCUUACUGUGUCAUCAUCAUACCGGAUACGAUAUUCACAGCAACGCGAAGGUCUGCUGUAGAACGCUACAGAAUACGUAUAUUUGACAGUGAUCUAACUUCAUGUGACCGUCAACUUGGAGUGUUUCAAAGUUCAACGUGUAUCUUUCCGAUAAUCGUUGAGCACAAGUUUUCAACAACGGGGUGCGUUACGUGAUGACACGCGUUUGGGAUAUGCAAAGUUGACGUAACUUUGCGACGCUUCAAGCGUGUUUAUUUGUUUCAGAGUCUAAAUAUUAAAGAUGAGGGUCAUUUUGUUAAAAUUCCGUGAGAUCACUACCAAAUAUCCGAUUAUCCGUGGAAUGGCAUCAUACACGGUAAUAUGGCCAGCAGCGAGUUUGCUUCAACAAAAGUUCAUUGGUAAUCAAGAAUUGAACUACAUGCAAGCACUGAGAUUCAGCUUGUAUGGCGGAUUCUUUGUUGCACCGACCCUUUUUUGUUGGAUCAAAUUUGCCUCGUAUAUCUGGCCGAAGAAUGACCUAAAGUCUGGAAUUGUGAAGGCUCUUGUGGAACAAGUUUCUUAUGGUCCAGCUGCUAUGUGCUGUUUCUUCUUUGGUAUUAACCUACUAGAAUUCAAGCCUAUUUCGGAAUGUGUAGAAGAGGUCAAACAGAAGUUUUGGCCCACGUGGAAGACUGGAAUAUGUGUAUGGCCCAUACUUCAAACCAUCAAUUUUACCCUCAUCCCAGAAAGAAAUCGUGUAGUCUAUGUAAGUGUUUGCAGUUUAAUGUGGACAUCAUUUCUUGCCUACAUGAAGUCUUUGGAAAAAAGUCAACUUACAAAUAAUAAUAAAUUAGAAAUCGAUCCUAUUGAAACAAAGCAGCAUGAUCAACAGUCACAGGAUAAGACCAAGACUGCUUUCAUGCCUCAUUGACAUUGAAAUUACUUAGGAAUAAAAAAAUUAAUUUCUUUAGACGUUGGCAUGCAUGUUUAUACUUCCUGCAGCAUUUUAUAGAAAUUUCUAAGAACAGUUUUGUCAUGAAUCAGUAAAGUUUUUCAAACUAUUAGUCUGAUCACUAAAAAUACUCUGUACCCUGUGACAUCAUAGAUUUCAUAUCGCUAUACAAAUGAAUGUGCCUAUAAUUGAAUGAAACUUCAAUUGCGACAUUUGAUACAUGUAUCUUUCCUUUUUUUUUGGACACAACACAGUUAGGCAUACAAUAUUUGCAUGGUAUUAGAUUCAUAACUUUACAGGUACUAGAAAUAGUCCAAAUUAAGUAUAGAAACAGUAAUGCGUGUUAUCUGAACUGUUGAUACACUUGUUAGCAUCGAUACUUGUCAUGUAUGAAAAUAGCGAAAGCAUGAGACUCAUUUGUAUAAAAUAUAACUAUCUACUAGUUUAAUUUCGGAUUAGUACUACAAGUUCUGUAGACGUCUGAUGAAAUUUCUUUAUCACUAACUAGGUAUUUAAAUUGAAUUAUUUCUUUUAAGUAAAAAUACUGCUGAUAAUCGAAGAUUAGUCUUAUAUGAAUCUCAACACAAAACAUGUACAUAUUUCGCCGAAAUUGUUGACGAUUGUUAAUUUAUUACAUAAGUUGAGUGGAAAUAAUAUAAAGUUUGAAAAUUCCUGUUA